AUGGGAGCAGGCGCUUCGAAACCAGCGGACUCAGAGAAGGGGAGAAAACAUGUGUUUAACAGUGAUUCACCUGUCCAAUUCUCCCAAGGCCUUGUCGAGUCGCUACAGUCAAGCUCAGAGACCGACUCUUCACGCUCUCAAUCAUUGGAGCUUCAUAUCCAAGCCCGCGUUGCUGAGGAGCUGAACCGCAUCCGUGAACGUGAGACCCAAACCCUAGCAGAUAUCGAAAAGAGAAUAGCAGCUUCAUAUCCAUCCGAGGCACCCGCCGCAGCCAAAAGCAACAUUUCCACUCUUGCCAACCAACCGCUAUCCCUUGAGUCUCCUCGAGUCCCAUUUGCUGGAACUGAAUUUGAUCAUGUCCCUGCUGCCUCUGCGCCGGUGGAGAGUAAUGACGAGGCCGCUGCAGUGAAUCCCAAAAUGGUAAGCAGCGGAAGAGUUGCUAAAGAAAUCGAGUCAUUACGGGAAUCUCUGGCCUCUAGACCUACAAUCCGAAAACUGGACCCCGAGCUUGAAAGUGCGAGGGAGGGUGUUGUGAAAUGUCUACGUGAUAACCAGAAGAGACCCUUGGACUGCUGGCAAGAAGUGGAUACAUUCAAACGUGAAGUUGCCAGGCUAGAAAAGGAAUGGGUCCAAAAAAUGAUAAGCUGA